GAAACACGAGUUGAAUAUUGAAGCGAAUUAAAGUAAUUUGUGAUGAUUGUGACCUUCAGCCGGAUCGAUGCUGUUGACGAUGGGAGACAAGCAGAGAAUGGAGGAGGAGAAGGAGAAGGAAAUCACAAUGGUUUGUUGCAGUCCUCCAGUCUAUCCACUGCCUGAAGAAAUCAAAAAGAUGGAUCGCAGUGAGACAGUGUGUCGUUACUGUGGUGUAAGCUACCUCAUUUACCACGAGUUCCAUCAGCUCAACACUCGACUGGCUCAGUUGGAGACAGAGCUCCAGAAACUGAGAGAGGCCACCCAGAGAGAGAAGGCCCAGCGAGAGUCACUGGAGCUGAGCAGGCUGGAGUGGGAGACAGCACUUAACCUGGAGGUGCAGAGAAAAGCAGACGAGAGAGAAACCAGCAUGAAAGAAGAGCUUGAAGAGAAAUGCAGAGACACAGAGCGGCUUCUGAAAGAGGAAAAUGAGAGGAGGAGAAGAGAGAUGGAGGAGGACUAUCAGAAAAUCAGUGAAGAAAAAGAGAAAAAACUGAGAGACUUGGAGGUGGAGAGACUGAGGAGGCAGAGAGAAGAGCUGGAGAAAGGGAAUGAGGAGAGAGAGAAAGUUCUGAGCGACUCACUUCAUAAGGCCAAUCAAAAUUUAGACGAGAUGAGAAAAUACUUUCAACAAGCGGAAGAGAGGCUGGCUGUGGCAGCUUCCAGAAAAGACGAGGCCGAGCAGUUACUCAAAAUAGAGACACAGCGAGGAGAAAUCCUCAGAGGUGUGUGCGUGAAGCAGGUGAAGGCCUUACGAGCGACUCUCUUCGUGCUCCUCUCCUGUGGCAGCCAGCUUACUGAUAUACGGGGUUUCGUCAGCCAACUGACGGGGGCCUGGCAGGCCUUCAAAUCUCAGAUACUGCAGCACAGCUCACAGGGGUUCUCAGUGCUGAAAGAGGAGCUGAAACAUUGCAGUGAGGAGUUACAGAAAACGACAGAAGCGAGAGAGAAGCUAACUCAGCAGCUGAUGCAGCAGAAGAAGCAGAGUGAGGAACAGCUGUCCCAACAGCAAGAGUCUGAGAAGGAGCACAGAGGAAAAAUACUCAGGUUAAAAGGGGAGUUGGAGGAGAAACAUGAGAGGUGGUUAUCAUGCCAACAAAGGUGCAACACCAUACAGGAGCAGCUGUCAUCGUGGCAACAGAGACAGGAACAGACAAACCGGAAGUAUUGCGCAGCAGAAGAAGAAGUGGCACGACUGAGGGAAGCCCUGGAGAAAGUCCGGCAGGAAACAAGCGCGCUGAGGAAAGAAAGAGACAUAUUGAUAGACUCCCAUAGCAGAGCCCUGGAAAAGAUGGAGGACGACUGCAGGCAGCAACUGGCUUCAGAGCUGGUAGAUACCAUGGAAGAGCAGAGAACCCAGAGUGCAUUGCAGCUGAGGGAGCAGAUGGAGGAGUUUCGCAGGGAGGUGGAGCUGGAGCUGACCAUCGACAGGGAGAAGAACCAACUGCUACUUCUCCAUUACCAACGAGACAGCACGCAGCUUCAGCAGAAGUUGAAGCAGAGAGAGCAGGAGCUGGGAGGAUUAAAAGAGGAGCUGCAUGUCUCCCAACAUUACCUUCAAAUGGUGACAUUACUCCAAGAGACAGUGAGGAGGGAGUGUCAGGAGAGGGAAGAGCUGACUGCUGCUCUGUCUACAGCUCAGGUGGAGCUCCUUGGUCUGCGCUCCCCUGCGUCCCAUCAGGCCUCCACCAGGUCUCCUCCAAACCCCACAGAGAGACACGCACCCCCAGGGAACAAGCAUUUCCACCUCCAGAGUCAAGCUCGGGUUCCUCUUACCCGCUCUUCGACCUCCCCAAACACACUCCGACCCUCCCCUGCCCGCACAGACAAAGGCAGAGGCAGCACAGAUAAGGGAGGACCAGGGAAGAGUGUGGAGGUCUGGAAUGGUGGUGGGUUGUCAGGUGAAGAGAAACAGCAAGAGGGGACACUACCCCGACUGAAAGCAAGCAGCACAAUGGGGAAAUGA